AUGCGCAUAAGGCUGCCGUUCGCAGGAGCCUUCCUCUUCCUCGUCGCAACCGCAGCAUACGCGGGUCUCUCUUCCCUCCAAGUCGACGCCCACGUCAAUGACAAAGUCCUUCACGCCCUUACCUUCUUCAUCCUCACCACCUGCUUCUACUGGAUCCUCGAUACCUCCCGGAGACGCACUCUCAACCUCACGCUCGUUACCUGCACGGGCGUCUUGGGCGUCGGGUCCGAAUUUCUACAGGGCUUCCUGCCUAAUGGCCGCAACUUCGAUUUCUACGAUAUCGUAGCGAAUGUCGUGGGGUCGCUGGCGGCCAUUGGCUUGAGUAGCUGGUAUCAUAUGCGGAUGUUGGAGAGGAAGCGUCUAGCGAAGCAUUACCAGACGGUGCCUGGGGACGACGACGGAGAACAUGAUCUAGAGCUGGGCGAAGGUGUCGGGCCACAAGAGUCUGGAACCGUUGGUACUGGUGCCCGGUCGCUGGAGAAUGAGGUUGAUAACUGGGACGAGAAUGUCGAGGAUAAUUGGGAGGAGGAUGAGCCUACCACGGGAACGGAUGAUGGGGAUGGGCCCAAGACUCCCAGUGCUAGUAGUGCGGGGGAAGGAGAGCCGGAAUUCAAGAAAAGAGCGGAUUGA